AUGGCGGUCAAGGCAGUCAUCCCGUUCCUCGUGGGGAUGAUGCUCCUGACUGGAGUGUGCAACACGCUAUUGACCAAGUAUCAGGACAAUCAAUGUGUCCGCAACUGCGACGACCCAGACCCCAAGAAGCGGGCUCACUUCGAGCAGCCCGUCAUCCAGACCGCGCAAAUGUUCGUCGGUGAGAUGGGCUGCUGGCUCGUUGUCGGCCUGAUGCAACUCUACAACCGCUACAUCGCUAAGAAGCCCUCCGAGGGAGGCUAUCAGCCGGUCGACACCAACGAGCACGCCGACGCCGACGCCGACGCCGACGCUUCGAGCAUACAUUCCGAGACCGCUCUGAACGGCAGCGGGAACAGGAACAAGCAUGAUGAGGCGAUCUUGCGGGGUUUCCGCAUCUUCCUCCUCGCUCUGCCGGCCCUCUCGGACCUCCUCGCCACUACCUUGAUGAACUGCGGUCUGCUGCUCGUUGCUGCCUCCAUCUACCAGAUGACGCGCGGUGCCCUCGUCUUGUUCGUCGGCCUGUUCAGCGUCGUCUUUCUCCGCCGCAAGCUCCACCUCUUCCAGUGGCUCUCGCUGAUGGGUGUCGUCCUCGGCGUGGCCAUCGUCGGCCUUGCCGGCGCCAUCUGGCCCGACCCCAAGUCGAGCAAGUCCGCCCCGCCCGGCGCUGGCAAGCCCGAGGCGGCUGAUGUCUCUGCGGAGGCGGUCAGGGCGAUCAUCGGCGUCCUCCUCAUCGCUGGUGCUCAGAUCUUCACUGCCACCCAGUUUGUGCUCGAGGAGUACAUCCUCGAGCGCUCAGCCAUCGAACCCCUCCGCGUCGUCGGCUGGGAGGGUAUUUUCGGAUUCUCCGGUACUGUGAUUGGCAUGGUUGUUCUUCACCUGGCCAUCGGCCGGACGGAUGCCGGCAGGUACGGCUACUUCGACAUGGUCGAGGGCUGGCGGCAGAUGACGGAGCACCCACAGGUGUUGAUCUCCAGCUUGCUGAUCAUGGUCAGCAUCGGCGGCUUCAACUUCUUCGGCUUGUCCGUGACCAGAAGCGUCAGUGCCACCUCUCGCUCGACCAUUGACACAUGCCGGACUCUUUUCAUCUGGAUCGUGUCUCUCGGCCUGGGCUGGGAGACGUUCAAGUGGCUGCAGGUUGUGGGCUUCGUGCUGCUAGUCUACUUCACCUUCCUCUUCAACGGCAUCGUCCAGCCCCCAUUUGAGUUUCUGCGGGUCCAGGAAGAGGUGGAGGAGCUGCUGCCCGAGGAGCCGGUCGAGCACAUGUAG